GCGGGGACGCGCGAGCCGAGGAGGGCCCGGAAGACCCCGGCCCCGCGCGCGGCGGUCGCCCUUGCAGGAACGAGCCUGGGGGCAGGGGUCGUGUUCUGUCUCCCUCCUCCCACGUCACCCCAAAGGAAGUCUUACUCUUUCUAGACCCACAUACUCCUGCCCGGGACAGUCACUGUCAAGGGCGACCACCAGGGGUGGUGUAAGGGCAUCCUUUCUGAGUCCCGGCUUGGCCGGUUGUCAUGGUAACCUUUCUCCAGCACGGAGCGUCCCCCCCCCCACCAUUAUGGUUAUGGAGCCCCAAACCCUCUGCACCAGGAGGAGGUUGCUAAGCCCUGCCUCUUCUGGACACAGUCGUGAGAGAGAGGUGGUUACGGGUUGCCAUGGUGGCUGACCUCCCUCCCUGCGCACCCCACUCCUGAGAUGCCCCAGGUGGUGCCCGAGCGUAUGGGACUUCGGGAGGAAGGACCCCCUGACCUGCUCGCCACCUUGGCCGGCGGGCACAGCCACGCUCUGCUGUGUGGCAUUGGCUGAGCCGAGGUUUCUGGUUCUUCCUCAGCUGUGCGGCUGAGCUGGGCUGGCGCCGCCCUCCUGGAACUCCUCCAGCCUGCGACCUAGGAGGAUGCCCCGCGGCCCAGCGAGGGCCUGACGUCAGCCCCAUGCGGCUCACACGCUGCCAGGCUGCGCUGGCAGCCGCCAUCACCCUCAACCUGCUGGUCCUCUUCUAUGUCUCCUGGCUGCAGCACCAGCCCAGGGCCGCCCGGGGCCGGGGCCCGCGCCGCGCCUCCGCCGCUGGCCCCCGCGUCACCGUCCUGGUGCGGGAAUUCGAGGCCUUUGACAACGCCGUGCCGGAGCUGGUGGACUCCUUCCUGCAGCAGGACCCGGCCCAGCCCGUGGUGGUGGUGGCCGACACGCUGCCCUACCCGCCUCUGGCCUUGCCUCGCGUCCCCAAUGUUCGGCUGGCGCUGCUCCAGCCCGCUCUGGACCGGCCCGCAGCGGCGGCGCGUCCGGAGACCUACGUGGCCACCGAAUUCGUGGCCGUGGUGCCCGAUGGGACGCGGGCCGAGACCCCGGGCCAGUUGGAGCGCAUGGUGGAGGCUCUCCGGCUGGGGGGCGCGCGCCUGGUGGCCGCCCCGGUCGCCACAGCCAACCCCGCCCGGUGCCUGGCCCUGAACGUCAGCCUGCGUGAGUGGACGGCCCGCUACGGCCCGGCGCCUGCCGCACCCCGCUGCGACGCCCUGGACGGGGACGCGGUGGUGCUCCUGCGCGCCCGCGACCUCUUCAACCUCUCGGCGCCGCUGGCCCGGCCGGUGGGCACCAGCCUCUUCCUGCAGACCGCCCUGCGCGGCUGGCAGGUGCAGCUGCUGCACCUGCGCUUCGCCGCGGCGCGCCAGCCCCCGCUGGCCACGGCGCACGCGCGCUGGAAGGCGGAGCGCGAGGGGCGCGCGCGGCGGGCGGCGCUGCUGCGCGCGCUGGGCGUCCGCCUGGUGAGCUGGGAGGGCGGGCGGCUCGAGUGGUUCGGCUGCAGCAAGGAGACGACGCGCUGCUUCGGGACGGUGGUGGGCGACACGCCGUCCUACCUGUACGAGGGGCGCUGGACGCCCCCGUGCUGCCUGCGCGCGCUGCGGGAGACCGCCCGCUACGUGGUGGGCGUGCUGGAGGCGGCCGGCGUGCGCUACUGGCUGGAGGGCGGCUCGCUGCUGGGGGCGGCGCGCCACGGCGACAUCAUCCCGUGGGACUACGACGUGGACCUGGGCAUCUACCUGGAGGACGUGGGCAGCUGCGAGCAGCUGCGGGGCGCCGAGGCCGGCUCGGUGGUGGACGAGCGGGGCUUCGUAUGGGAGAAGGCGGUGGAGGGCGACUUCUUCCGCGUGCAGUACAGCGAGAGCAACCACCUGCACGUGGACCUGUGGCCCUUCUACCCCCGCAACGGGGUCAUGACCAAGGACACGUGGCUGGACCACCGGCAGGACGUGGAGUUCCCCGAGCACUUCCUGCAGCCGCUGGUGCCGCUGUCCUUUGCGGGCUUCGUGGCGCAGGCGCCCAACAACUACCGGCGCUUCCUGGAGCUCAAGUUCGGCCCCGGGGUCAUCGAGAACCCCGAGUACCCCAACCCAGCGCUCUUGAGCCUGCGGGGAAGCAGCUGAAGCCCCGCGGCCGGGGACGUCUGGGCGCCGGGAGCUGCGUGAAGACGCUUUGCUUGCCAGGUGGUGGGGGCUGUGGGUGUGCGCGCAGAGAGGGGGCGGGGGCCCAGUGGAGAAAGGUGAGCCCGCUUCGGCGGGAGGCAGGUUAGGCCCAAGAUCGGGGGCCGCGUCGCGAGGUUCUCCAUCUGGGGAGGGGCUUCUUAGUGAUUGAGGGGGCCGCUGGCAUUUGGUGGACUCCGAGCUGACCUGCAGGACCCAGGGCCAUCUCGGACCCUAGAGGUAGGUCCCGCCGGGGACUCCAGGAGCCGGGGCGGAGUUUUGCAGAGACCGGGCGCUUGGGGCCUAGGGCACCACUGACGGCUGUGGGAGCGUUCCCGGGACUCGCGGCGACUGGGUCUCUACCGCCGCUAGGGGGCGCGCCUGUCCUGCUGCCGGGGCCGCGAACGCAGGGCCUCGGAGGCUACGGUCUUCUGUCCAGGCCUCCGUGGGGCCCAGGACGGCGGUGACCACCUCCCUCCCUCGGGGACCUCAGCACGGGAGCAGUGCGGGGCGGUCUCCAAGCUCUAAGGCGCCGCCGCGGUGGGGCCGGGCCCCUGGCAUUACAUUAUUACCUCGUUAUUUCAGCUCUGUGCACCUGUUUCCCCGCCGGACAGGAGGGGCACACAGUAGUCACAGCUCACACUUACCGAGCACUCGCUGGGUGCCCGGCACCAUUCUCGGCGCUCCACGUGGGUUAAGUGACAGAGGCUUCCGCUGAACCCUGCACAGGGGCCGCUGCUCUUGUUUCCAUUUUACAAACACAGGAACCGAGGCCAGAGCGGUGAUGAGAGAGCCUAGGAAGGGCAGGCUGGGGCCGCGAACCCCUGCCCCCGAGGGCCGCGGUGGGGGCGGCGGCAGCCUUCUGUCCUGAGCGGGCACCCGGCAGGACAGCGUUGGCCCAGGACUCCAGGGGAUGUGUGUUUGCUGACGAAUUCUGUGCAGGUACUUAGUCAACGGCUUAAAUUAUUCAAUGUAAAAUAAAAAGCAAAUAUGUACAGACCCGGUCAGGGUCUCUCGCCUCAUCCCAGGGGCCUGUCUGUCCAUCCCUGAGCAUGUGCACCUGGCUUUCAGAGCCGUGGGGUGGGGAGGGGUGGGGCCGGCGCUGUGGCACUGUGGCUUAAGCUGCUGGGUCCUACGUCCGAGCAGUGGCUCGAAUCCCAUCCAGCUCCCUGCUAGUGCACCCGAGAAGGCAGCAGAGGAUGGCCCCAGUCCUUGGGCCCCUGCCACCCACGUGGAGACCCGGAUGGGGCUCCAGGCUCCUGGCUUCGGCCUGGCCCAGCUCUGGCUGUUGCGGGCAUUUGGGGAGUGAGCCAGCAGAUGGAAUGUUUCUGUUUCUCCUGUCACUCUGCCUUUCAGAUAAAUGAAAUGGAUCUUUUUAAGUUUAAGAAGCACAGGCAGGCAUUUGCCCAGUGAUUAGGACACAGAUUGAGACACCCUUGUCCCGUGGAGAGAGCCCGAGUUUGAGUCCCGGCUCCGGCUGCUGGCUCCAGCUUCCUGCUAACGCAGACCCCGGGAGGCAGCAGGUGGGUGAGGGCUCAAGUGCUGGGGUUCCUGACACCCGCGGGGAGGCCUGGACGGAGCUCCUGGUGCCAACCAUGGGCAUUUAGAGUGAACCAGCAAAUAGGAGCUCUCUGUCUCCCUCUGCCUGUCACAUUAAAAAAAAAGAACUAAUAAUGAAUGAAAAGAGCAUGGGUUGCUCCAGCUGGGCUGCGGGCACUUCAGUGGUCAAGGGCCCAGAGUAGGGGCUGGGACUGAGUGCUGUCCCGGCCACUCAUUUUCUUGAAGACUUAGGCAAGCCGCUGCCCCCCCACCCCAGGCCAAGCCUACUGUAAGCUGGGGCAACUGUACUGUCGCUCAGCGUAUGUAAGGCUUUGUCCUGGUAGACCCACGGUUAGUGGAAAAUACCCCGUGAGUGCACGUCCACACAGCUUCCCGGCUUCGCCGUCUCAAGAGAGGAUUGAGUCCGCGUCAGUAGCCCAAGUAUGGUUUCCACUCCGUUAGUAUCACUUUCUUGGAAAGAUGUGUUUUAAUUAUUUGAAGGGCAGAGUGACAGAGAGAUCUUCCAUCUGCUGGUUCGCUUCCUAAAUGGCCACAGUGGCCAGGGCUGGGCCAGACCAAAGCCAGGAGCUCCACCCAGGUACUUGAGCCCUCACCUGCUGCCUCCCAGGGCGCAUUAGCUGGGAGCCGGAUCAGAAGCGGAGCAGCUGGGACUCGAACCCGCUCUCUGAUACUGGAUGCUGGUGGCUCCACGAGCGGCCAUGCAGCCUGCUGGGCCACAGGGCCAGCCCCCAGUGGCCACACUGUGACUCGGAACAGCCCAUGGCCCAGAAGAGGAAUACACGGUGCCACCUCCUGCGGUUCCUGCUUUCAACCACGGAAGCCGCAGGUGGUCCCGAAAGAGACUGGCAGGCCUCCAGGGACGGGGGGGGG